AUGUCCAGCACAGAUCCCGGGCCUAGCCGAAGUGGGUUAUCCAACCUGGCGUCUCCAGCAACACAGCACAGCUACAUUGACCCUGCAGCGCCUCAACUAAGAUCACCGCACAGCGCCAAUCGCAUCAACCUCGUAACUUAUGGCCAAUCCACCAUCAAGGCGCUCAUAGACCCGAGUCUGCCCGUACAAGAUGUCAUCCGACAGCUCUGUGCAAAUGCUCAUCUCGGCGUUCAGGAGCCACCAGCUCUGUUCGCUCUCAGAGACGACGACAACGACGAGCUCAUCGACGACGCCAAUAUGGCCAAAAAGAUUGAAGCCGGCGCCAAUUUCAAGCUAUGCUCCUCGCCAACCAUCGAAGCGGUCGAAAUGGUGGACAAGCUCAGCUCGCGCGAUGACCGAAUACUAAAGAUGGCUACCUACACACUUCAAAGGCUCAUUCGAGAGACUCCUUUCACCGACGAGCUCAUCGAAAGAGGAGGCGUUAGAGAACUACUUAAUGUCAUUCGUGACCACUCGUCGGGCAACACGCUGGCGUAUGCUCUGACUAGUUGUCAGAAUCUCAUGGAAGGCUUCGAGUAUGGCUGGGAGAUCAUCGACGCCAGCUUUGUUGCCAAGGUGGUCAGCUUGCUCGUCACUCAGGAGCGCAUCAAUGUCUGCCGACCCGCCACCGCCAUCCUCAAGAAACUCGUCGUAUCUGGUGCACAAGACUCACCAAAGACGGGUCGUGUUGUCACCGAUGGUCGCGGUGCUGCUACCACGUCUGCCCCUGCCGUCUAUCGUUAUGGAUUCGAGUUUGUCUACAACGAAAUUCAGCGCGAGAGGCUCUUUCUGCAAACGCUCGUCAAUCGCAUCGGCAGUUCAGACACGACGCUCAAACUCUACAGCCUCAGUCUCAUCAACAGCCUUUUGCGCAACGUUUCCGACGACUUGUUUGAGAGCUUCACCUCGGAGCUCGAGAAGCUCAACGCAUCCAAAGCCGUCGCCUGGCUCAUGGACUCGAGUCGAGGAGACGAGCUCGCCUCUUCGAUUCUCGAGUAUCAGAGCAAUGUCAUCAGCGCAGCUCACCGUCGCAUGCGCACGGUUGUGACUCCCACCGACAAGCGCCACGUGCACGCGUUGUCCUACAUUUGGCUUCAGGCUAGGAUAAGUGACGAGGUCGUACCCAAUCAAGCAGCAACCCAGAACAGCGCGUUCAAUGGCGAGCAAAGACAGUCGAUUGGAGCCAACGCCAGGUACAAAUGGCGUCGCAUCGGCUUCGCAUCCGAAUCGGCUGCAAAGCAAUUUGGCCGCACCGGCUGGCUCGGCCUGUCGUGUCUCGAGUCGUUUGUUCGCUCCGAUCCAGACGGCUACGCCAAGAUUAUCCAAGAGCAAAUCAACCGCCCCGAAGAGCGACGUUGCAUGUUUGCACAAGCCUCGAUUGAAGUGACUUCGAUCCUUGCCGAUCACUGGAACAUUGAAUCCGGCUCGUACACCACCUCGACCACCUAUUUGCCGUUUCUGCUGUCGUUCAACAAGGUGCAUCACCUCGUCUUGCGCUUCUUUUUGCGCAUGUGGAACGAGUCUGGUGCUGCUGCCUCGGAUUUCUCACGCGUCUCGGCGCUGGUGCGAAGCCAAGUUGAUGAGGCGCUGGGCAAGCAGGAGGAGACGAGUCGAACCUGGUUUGAACUUGAAAAUGCUUUCCUCCACUCGGAAUAUCGCACCGUGCGCGACAGGCAGAUGAAGGAGCUCGAAGUGGACCAGGACUACAGCUCCAAGGCAUCAAUCCGCAACUUACGAGGAAGAAUCUAUCGAGAGAGCUACGAAUAUGUGCGACAGCAGCGCAUCCAGUGCUUGCUCGAAGGAGCUUGGUUUCGCAAUGUGGCGACUACGGCUGGCGGUGCGCUUGGUGGUGAUGGAAAGCAACGCAGAGAGUCGACGAGCACCAUCGACACGGCUGUACCUGCCACUCGCAGUACAGCCAUCAACGGCCUUCAAACUCAAACAAAGCCAUGGCGAUUCUACCGACUGGCACCUAACAAAAAGCUGCUCUACUACUGCGACUCAUCAGAGCGCUUCCCAAUCCGAGGCGGUCUGGACGAUCUCUCGGAAAAGAUUGACCUUAGCCUGGUCACAGAGGUGUCACACCAUGGAAAUGCUGGCGAAAGCACUGCCAAGGCGACGGGCGGCGAUUUGGUCAUCAGCCUGCUACAGUCGCCCGACACUAGUCUGGUCGAGAUGCAAGCGCUCAACCAGAGUCAAUUCUCGGAAUGGACCGAUGGUCUCAAUAUGCUGCGAGGCGAGGGGGGCGUGGUGAGCACGCGCCAGACGGCCGACCUGAUCGAGACGCUCACCGAGAUUGGCAUCAAGGUCAAAUUGCUCGACCUGACAGGUGAACAGAUUGAGUUGCCAACUAGUGUGCAGCUGCCACCGCUGCCGUCGACGACCGAGUUUUUCUUUGCCGAACUAUAG